UUGUAGCAGGAGCAAAAAAUUUUACCUAUUUGAGCGAAGAUAUUAGUCUUGUAUAACUUUACUGAUGAACUUACGGUCUGAUCAUAAGCCAGUCCAUGUUUUGGUUUUUCAGUUUAGUUUUGUUCCUCGUGGCCUUCACAAAAAUGCAUGCCUAUUGAUGAUGGGUUUUUCUGGCGUUCCAAAUUAAGAGGAUAUCAGUAAGUGCCAUAGUUGCUGCAGAAACCACUUAAAUCUAAACCCUGACUCGAAUUGAGCUCUUAAGCUCAAAUGUAAUCAAAGUUGAGCUCCAGUCAGAACAAGUUAAUUAUCGAAGAAAUGUAAUCAUAAACGAGAAAAUUAAGGAAAAAAAUUUAGUCGUGACUUGUAAACCGAGAAUCAAACGUUACGUGAGAUUUGACCCGUUGAAGGGGAGCAGCAACAGUCCUUGCAGGGCCUAUGUGUACUAAUGAGCUUUAUUAAGGAGACGGAGGAAGAAUGAGAUGGGUAGGGGGGGAAAAAACAGUAGCAGAUGCUAAAUUUUUACAUUUCAUGAAAAUUUGUAAUAGAUAAUUUAUUUUUCCAAAUGGCCUAUGUGUAGUCGUAAGAUUGGUAGAGGAACUGGAACACUGUGCUUGUAUAUAAAAACUGGAGGGAAAAUUUAUAGCUUUCUACCCUCCAAACUCUGAAGUCGAGAGGGAGGGAGAGGACGGAAAUGGGCAAUACCUCUCUUCCUCUCAGGUUCGCGGUUUUUCUCUCCUUCUCACUCACUGCCUCGUCGUCCUCUCAGUUCUUCUCAAAACCACAAUCACAGUCAACGUCUUCUUCUUCUUCUCCCCCAAAUCCAAUCCCCAAAGCCACACCCUCCGAUUUACUCUCCGUCCUGGGCCCUACCACCCAAUCCUCUAAAAUCAACCCUCUUGUCUCCCGCCAACUCAGAUCCUGCUUCAAAUUCCUCGUUCCUUUCACUCCUCUACACCCCAAACCUCACUCUCUACGCCCCUAUGUUCAAAGGAGACUCACAUCAGAACGCAUAAUCCAGUUUAGAAGCCGGAGAGAAGAAAAUGAACUCAUUUGGUGGCCGCCUGAGCCGGUUCUCGAGCUUGCUCGCCUUGCCUUUGAUUCCGGUGGCGAUGUUGACGCAAUUCAUCGAGCCCUAGAUCCUACAGUCUUGCCGGUACCUGAUGUUGAAGGAUGUAAAAGAGUUAAAUGUGAGCUUACUAGAACACCAUAUGGUAGACGCUUCAUAAGUGAGGAAUUAAAUUUGUAUCUCAAAUUUCUAUUUGAAAUGAUUGCUGCUCGGGGCCCCUCGAUUGGGCUGAAUGUUUCACUAAAUCGUUAUGAUUUCUUUCACGGUCACCUAUUCAUUGCUGCUGACACAGGACGACUUGGUAUAUUAUUUCAUGCUAAAGAAUACCCGGCAUACGAUAAACAUACAUUUCCAUUCAAUAUGGGAUAUUGUCAAAUAGAUUCUAGUGUAACUUAUGAUGAUUCAAUGAAUUUGCGCAACAUUCUCUGGCUGGCUCCAUUUCCAAGCAAUUCAUCUAGAGCUUGGAAGUCACCAGGAGUCCUAGUUGUGCUGGAUGCCCAUCCAGGAGGAAUCAUAUACAGAGAUCUAAUACCUGAAUAUGUAAGGUUUGUGAGGACCAUAUAUGAAGAUGAUCUUGGAGAUGUUGCGGUUGAUGUCAAUUACUUGAAUGUUGGAGAGUCAGUACCAAAUUACCAGAUCUUCAUGUGCUGAAUCCUUCUUAAGGUGCUUCAGUUUGAGCUAUGUAAUAGAUGAUUGGAGGGUGACUCUCCUUCCAAUAUAACUCACCACUCUAUCUUAAAGCUUGUUGAAGUUGAGAUCCUAACUUGAAAUCAAAUUUUUUUAUCAUUGGGAGGUUUUCUUGGAGACAUUGUUUUUCUUUUCCAAAAGUUGCAUUACUUGUUGCAUCCCUGAAUCAUCAUUCCAAGUGUAUGACUGCUGUAUAGGUUUUCUAUUCCAAUGGUACAUCAUCUAGUGAGGCUUACGCUGGAGAGAUGAUUGACUGAAGACCAUAAGAAAAAUCAGGAUCUACAUUGAAGAAAUGCACAUAAUAAGAUAUAUUACGUUGCAUCUGUGAUCUCUCUGCUGGUGGAUUAUUGUUUGUGUUGAAGAACUUGGCCUGUUUCUUUUGCCAACGUUAGGAUGAAAAGAUGCAUUUGAUUUAAUGUUAACACUUUGAUUCUUCUAUCCAAGUUUUUGAAAGCGAUCUAAAAGCAUAUCUAAGUGAAGGUGCCAAGCUGGUGGUCCAAUAUCGAGUAAACAAAAACAAACUGUUCAUAUAUCCCUCUACAGCCAGCAUCAAAUCAAAUGACAUUCACUGUAUCGAAAAUGAUAUGUCAUUGUAACUAGGAUUUUGAUAUUAUUUUAAAUUCUGUACUAAUAAAAUGCCUUCAAAAUUUAAUGUUCCUUCAA